AGGAGGAUGAAAUUCCUAAUAUGGUCAAAAGAGAACUUCCUGGUAGUGAAGGAAGGCGGGGAAACUUCCCACUAUUGAAAUAUGUGUUGAUUUUAAGAUGCUACCUUUUAAAACUACUAUUUAUAUUAUCCCUCCUAUCUGUACAUCUACGCAGUCUAUUUUGACAGAUUAAGAGCACUUCCUGUUCAGACAGAAAAAGAAGCGAGGCGCAACCCAACGAAUAGAACAGAACGCAGGUGUUUCGAGAACAAAUAAAAGUUAUUUUUAAUUGACACGCCGUCAGAAAAACGCGGCGCUCCUGCGCGAGACGCUGAAAACAGCAAACGGGCAAAGACGUCCGUCAAGCGCAUGUUUACAUAGAAAAACAACUGGAAAAACAGCGCAAACUGACGUAAAUACGUGUUUUGUAUGAACAGCCCCUUCUUGAUGUCAGGCUUUUGGAUCUUUUAAUUGUAUAUUAUGCGAUUCCUGCUAGUCUUGACAAGAUGGCUCCGUUCGCGCUUAUAAUUCCACGUCGUCUAUUAUUGCUAUAGUUGAUUUAUUUUACUCUCCGUCAAGCCGGUGGCAGCUCGCGACUGCAGCAAACUGGAAUAGUCCAUUUGAACAGGAGCGGAGGGGGUGGGUCUCUUAUGAUUGAUUUCACAUUGGAUGUGCUGGUACACAACCUGAGCCUGCGAAUGCGAACAGUGAUUGACCCUAAGGGCGGAUGGACCUCAGAUGAAAUCAUGUUGACACAGAAUUGGACAUAGUCUGUUUUUCCGAAACAAGCAACACUUUGCGUUGACGGAGCGAAGAGAAACGCGCGUAGAACGUUUAGUCAUGCUGCACGGCGAUACAUUGUAACAGUUUUAUCUUCGAGUUCGAACGUUCGCGGCUGCUGCACUCACUGUCAACUGUAUCUUUUAUUAAACUGUUGAAAAGCGCCCUGCGGGCAGCCAAUUUCCGAUCUCCUCAACGUCCGCCUGCCUGCCUGCCUGCCAGCGUGUUCACUGUUUAUCUGAAGAAAUGCUGGAGAAACUCGAUCUCGAGGAUGAAGCUGUCGAAACGUCUGAAAGUGACAUUUACAUGCGUUUUAUGAAGUCACAUAAGUGCUAUGACAUCGUCCCUACCAGCUCCAAGAUAGUGGUCUUUGACACAACGCUGCAGGUUAAAAAGGCCUUUUUUGCCCUGGUAGCCAAUGGGGUUCGAGCAGCCCCUCUGUGGGAGACCAAGAAACAGAGUUUUGUGGGCAUGCUAACCAUCACAGACUUCAUCAACAUACUUCACAGAUACUACAAAUCACCCAUGGUACAAAUCUACGAGCUUGAGGAACAUAAAAUAGAAACUUGGAGAGAGCUCUAUCUACAAGAAACAUUUAAGCCUUUAGUGAACAUAUCUCCAGAUGCAAGCAUAUUUGAUGCUGUGUAUUCACUGAUCAAAAACAAGAUCCACCGGUUGCCGGUCAUCGACCCCGUUAGUGGAAAUGCACUUUAUAUUUUGACGCACAAGAGGAUCCUGAAAUUCCUUCAGCUGUUUGUGUGUGAGAUGCCAAAGCCCGGCUUUAUGAAGCAGACACUGGAAGAGCUGAGUAUCGGGACCUACAGCAGCAUCGCCUUCAUUCACCCUGACACUCCAAUCAUUAAAGCACUGAGCAUCUUUGUGGAGAGGCGGGUGUCAGCGCUGCCUGUGGUGGACGAGUCAGGAAAAGUUGUAGAUAUUUAUUCCAAAUUUGAUGUCAUUAAUCUUGCUGCUGAAAAGACGUACAAUAACCUGGACAUUAGUGUAACACAGGCGCUGAUGCACAGGUCGCAGUACUUUGAAGGGGUCAUGAAGUGCAACAGAUUUGAGACACUAGAGACGAUAGUAGAUCGGAUAGUCAAGGCUGAGGUGCACAGGUUGGUGGUUGUAGAUGAGAAUGGAAGCAUUGUGGGCAUCGUCUCUCUGUCGGACAUUCUCCAGGCACUGGUUCUCAACCCUGCAGGUUUGACCAGAAAGAACAGCGAAGCAAAGACAGAGUGACAUAAGCUGAGACUGUUAGGUCAUGUGACAUUGCUUUCAGAGACUGGAGCAGGGCUGAAUGGAGACGCUAAAGUCUUUGGAGAAGUGUGGACCACACCAAAAGAUGGAGUAAAACCAAGGACCAUGGGCUUGACCGAAAUAUGUGCUGUUGAAGGGCAAGAGAAGAUUUUUUUUGGGUAGACUGUUUGAUUGAUGAGUCUAUUGUCUGAUAAUGAAUGGACGUAGUGGCCGUCUAGGGUGAUAUGGUGGAUCAUCUCUUAUUCAGAAGGAUAUGGUGAAUUCUGAAUCUUAUAUCACACUAAAGCUUCUGCACGUACUCUGUGAUAAACUAGACUUUUAGCUAGACCUAAAACUGCGCCAUCUGGUGUUUAAACAGUGGUCUGCAGAUAGACUACGGGCUGUACAAUAAUAGCCUCUUUAGGGAGGGUGGUUGUGCGUUGCAGGGCAUUCAGUAAUAAUCUCAGUAUUCAAGUGCAUGUAAUGACUGUUUUUUCCUAAUGUAUAUAGAGCCUUCAAAUUGUGGCUUAUGUGCCCAGCUCACAUAUUUGUAUUUUUGACUACUCUUGAAUUUAGGGACUGCUCAUUAUCCGUUUUAGUACAAAUAUCCCUCAACCAUCUCCCUGUCUUUGUAUAAUGUCCCUGUAAAUUCAGACACAAGUGGUUUCCUCGCUAUCUAUCUAUGGUGCCUUCUGUCCACCAGUUUUCUCCCACUACUGGUUGCCAGUCGAACAAGAAUAAUUGAAUGUUAAAAUAUAUCAAAGUGAAUGUUGUUUAAAACCAAAAUAACCCCCACCUUUUUUUUUUUUUUUUUGCUGUUUUAAUGUUUCACAAAUUUUAUUUAUAGCAGAGCUCUAAUUUUCUUCACUGGGAUAUAAGUUUGGGUGAUGAUAUUUCUGAAAUGAUGAUGUAAAGGAUAAUUGAAAUGGUUAUUUAUUUAUAUUUAACACUUUUGUAAUGUUGAAAGUGAUAUCGAAGUGUGAGACGGAAAGAACUAUUAAGCCCCUAUGCAGUAAAACCAUGUGCUUAUCACUGAAUUGAUGUUCAUUGACUUGAUGUACUUUUGUCCAUGAGGCAGACCUCUUGUUCUUUGUAUCGAUUGCACUGUACACAUGCACAGAGCUUCUAUUCGAGGAGACUACAAGUGCCAGAGAAAGGUCUAUUUUUCUGUGUAUUCAGUCGUUUGUAAUAUUGCAAAUUUUCAUUUUGGUUCUCGUCAUUUUGCAGAUAUGAUGUUGAUGCUGUCAUCAAGAGAGAGUAAUGUCCAUAGAUAAAUGCACAUCACUGGCAUUAGAAUGCUAAUGGAUAAUCAGGCUUUAGAUUCCUUUUUUUUAUUUUACAGUUAAAUAAAAAAUAAUAAUAAACCAAGUCUCUGAAUUUUUUUC